AUGCCCAACAUCCAACUGGUCGGCGAAGGCUCAAAGGACCGCUUCCUCGAGCUGCAGGCCAACUACAGCGAGCUGCUUGGUAGAGGCCACCGGUUCCGCGUGCUAGCCGAUCAUGCGGAGGACGCUGAACAACUACCGGCCAUCAUGGGCAGUAAAUUGACUCACUCAUUUGGCCAUUCACUUGCAGAGAGUCUCCUCGAUGCUGCGUUCACCGUUGUCGACUGCCAAAAGACGCAGCACGCUUACAAUGUGGUCAAACAGCGCAUGCCCCAAACGUUCCUUGUGUCGAUUAUGGACCGCUACUGCCCACGGCUGGAAGAAACAUUCGCUCUAGGAUUUCCCGUCACUACGGGGCCGCUCGACAUCGUUCCUCUGCUGUCUGAUAUUCGCAACACCCGCGACCUGCGUUACUGGAAGAGUAUUGUCAUGCUACAUGACCCCGACUACAACCCAGUGUAUGUGGAGGAUAUGGUAAAGGCUGUGCGAGGCUUGUCGUCCAAUGUAAAGGCGGCGGCGGUCACAACCUUCCGGGUCUGUCUGACGACUUCUUGCCAACGUGGAACCACGUCGAUAGACAACAUCGUCGAGACUUUUAGCGAGUUGGUGCAUGUUCGCCAUUACAUCAUUGUGGGAAACAUGAGCCUUGUUCAGGGAGCUCUCACCAAGGUAGAAAGUGUUUCACACAUUCAGAACUGUGAAUUCAUAAGAGAUAGAAACAUGAUGACCUUUCAUCGUGACUUUGUGUGUAUUGUCACUGAAGCAAUCAAUGAAGAGUUUGAAAAGUUCGCUACAAGUUUUCCAGACGGUGCCAACGUUCUCAUAGCUUACGCAGAAGUCGCAGAAACAGACUGUCCCGUCGAGGAGAAUUGUCAGCUGCCAGUUGCAGUCGAGACGGUUGCGAAAACCAUCGGAGAUAAGCUUGCGAAGGGGUCGUACAAGCAAACACCACAAGAUUUUGGUAUGACGAAAUACAUUUUCGCCAACACGUCAAAGUCACUGCUGUUGGACAGCGGGCAGUGUGGCCAGUGCUCCCGCUUCGCACUGAAGACGGUGGCGAAGCUGCGUGGAGAGCAGGUGCUGUUGGACGUUGGCCAGUGGACGCUGGUGGCUGGCAUUCGAAUGGAGCGCAAGGAAUUCUUUCCUGGCAUCAUCGGAGAUCUUGGAGGCAUCAGGCUCAUCAUCGCUGUUAUCAACGACCCUCCCAUGUCUGUGGUUGAAAUGUCCGCAGACGGCAAAACAGUGAAAAAUGUCACUGGCACGAUGGCGGAAAUGGUUGAGUCACUGGCCAAAGGACUGAACUUUACGUACGAGUGGCGGGUGCCACGAGAAGCAGUUGCCGGGUCAUUCGAAAACGGCCAGUGGACUGGUUUGAUAGGGAUGCUCCACAGAAAGGAAGCAGACCUCGGAGCUUACGGCUUUUCGGUAACAAAAGAACGGUCUGAAGUCGUGAACUUCACGUCAGCGUACGACGAAUCUCCAUACAAGAUUCUAGUGCCGAAACCAAGGGCAAACUACAAGUACCUUUUUCUUGAUCCCUUCACCUGGGACACAUGGGUGGCCGUUCUUUUCUCGCUGCUUCUGAUUGGACCCGUCCUGUGGGGAAUCCACUGUGCCAGCCCCUAUUAUGACUAUUACGGCCUUCGAAAUGACAAGGGGCUCUUUCUUCUGCAAAACUGCGAGUGGUACUGCUUCGGAGCAAUUAUCCAACAAGGUGGCAUUCACCUGCCGGACGCUAUCUCGGGCCGCAUUCUGGUCGGCUUCUGGUGGCUCUUCGUCAUCGUCACCCUCACCACGUACAGCGGCAACUUAGUGGCAGACCUCACUUUCCCGAAAAUCCGGAACCCCGUGGACAAUGUGGACAACCUGGUUGCACACCGAGGGUACAUGCGAUGGGGCGCCUUCAAGGGACAGGCCGUCUUCGACCUGCUCAAGACACAGGAGCGCGGGUCACUGAAAGUUCUGUCCGAUCGGAUGAUGACAUUUGAGCCAAAUCACGAAAUGUGGGUGCUGGAUCAAGUGCGCAUGGGAUACAUGGCAUUGAUCGGCAGCGAGGUCACCAUGUUUCACUACUUAGGCCGUGAACUCAAUCGCACUGCCCGAUGCGACUUCGCCGUGGCCCGCGGAGAGGUCAUUCGAGACGUCAAAUCUCUGGCUGUGCGCGUCGGCUUCCCGUUUCUCGAUCGUCUCAACAGCGAGCUGCGGCGUCUGGUCGAGUCCGGUCUGGUGAUGCACUGGAAGCGAAAACACUGGCCUCGGGACAACGAGUGCACCGUGGAGUCCAAGCCUCAAGCUGGCGACAUCCGUAAGAUCACACUCAGCCACAUGACGGGCUCCUUCUGGGUGCUGGGCGUCGGCUUCGCCUCCUCCUUCACGGCGCUCUUCAUAGAGUUCGUGCGACGCAAACGCGAGCUGACUGCACCGCCGGGCCACAAGCCGCCCACGGUGAUACACACCAAGAGCCCGUUCUUCACGCGCACCGAGUACAGCGGCAAGGACAGCCUGGGAGACCGGUUCGCCACCGACUACGGCGGCCGUGGCAUACGCGACAACGCCGGGUUCGCCUUCAGCCCGCCCAACAGCCCGUUCCGAUACAAUGGCUACCCGAACAACCGCAGCGACCUCAUCCCGUACAACUACCCGGCAAGGCGCUACUAAACGCUGUGUCCCUUUCCCGAAGACUGCUCUGUUCCAUCAGACAGAAUAAAUGGAAUAUAUAUUCUAUUUAAAAAAAA